AUGGAGGCACCACCGUCGAGGGAGGAAGGAACCUACUGCCAUGGCAAUGGUGGAGAUGCUGCUGCGGACGAUGACUCCUCCUGGUGUGAUUAUUCAGAUUCCCCAGGGCAUGGUUCCAGCUUACACAUGGAAUGGGCCCACUUGCAGGACCAGCUUCAUAAGAUGGGCUAUAGGGAAGGCAUAACCGAAGGGCGGAAGGACGCUGCCCAAGAGGGCUUCAAUCUUGGGCAUAGGCAAUCUGCGCCUCAAGGAUACAAGUGGGGUCUCGUUCGGGGAAUUACUAGUGCAUUGGCUAGCGUUCAAGACAGUCUAAAAGAAAAGUUGCUGCUCGAUGCCCAGCGUAGAGGGAAACUUGAGGAUUUGCGCAACUCUGUGCGAGAAAUUCCACCAGAGGCUGCACUGCGGAUGUUUCAUGAGAGUAUUAUUCAGGAUAAUGCUCCGCUAGUGGAAAGCAGCCUUCAAGCUAUUCCAAAUGAUCUUCUGCUGUUGUUGCGCGAAUGCCCAGAUGUUCAAGUUCCUGAAGAGUUGAAACGAGCUCCGUAG